GUUGUGUCGAGUGAGGAUCACUGUGUAUCAGCUCACAUCAGAUGAAGAUAAAUAACAGUGGACUGUCAAAACAAUGGCGUCCUUUCAGACAGGUUUUAUAAGAGUGCUGAUCUCUGUUAUGAUGUCGUAUACCUCUGCUGACCCCUGCUACAACUACACUGUGCUGGACAAUCCAUGGAGAUCCACUAAUUAUGGUUCAGGCAGUAAUUGUGAUCAGUAUGUCACCUGGAGCGGCUGGUAUCGUCUCUUCAUUAACAAUGUGAGCGCUCAGAUCCCAGACACGUGUGUUGCAUAUGGUCACUGUGGCACUGAUUACUCACUGUGGAUUCAUGGUGGACACCCAACAGUACAGGAUGGAGUUGUCACUCGAGAUGUCUGCGGUGAUGGUGGCAGUUACUGCUGCUUUUUCGGGUCUUACCCUAUUAAAGUUAAAGCCUGUCCAGACAAUUAUUAUGUCUAUGAGCUGGUUAGAACAACUUGGUGCGAUUCAGCAUACUGUGCAGUUGUUACUAACAUCAGCAGCACUGUUACAACAGUCGCACCAGAGACAACCACAGCUGUUAUAAAUAUAACACUGCAGGAAGAAUGCACAAGUCAGACCUCUGGAGGAUGUUUUCAAAAUCUUCUUGAGCAGAUCGAGAACAUUACAGCUCAAGUGCUUCCUUUGAAUACUGUGACAAACAUUUUGACUGUGGCCUUCAACGCUUCAGAGAAGACUUUAGAGUCAUUAUCAUCAACAAAACCAACUGAACUAGCCUCCUAUGGAAACCGCAUGUUAAAAACCAGUGAAAAACUCAUCUCUACAUUGGUGAAGCCGACAGUCACAAGUGACAAUGUCAGUUUUACUCUUGCUACUGUUGCAUCAACACUCCUGUGGCUCAAGGGUAGAAUUCUCAAGCACCACACCAGAGACCCAAGUUCUAACCCAGCUUGUGAUAGAAAAACCGAAUCAGCCAUGGACCCAGAAACACUCAUCUCCAGGGAUCUAUUGACAGUGAUUGCCCAACAUGAGUCAUCUUUCCAGUGUUACGAAGCCGUUCUUAGCCAUCAGGAGGAGCUGGCCAAACACUCUCAACGACUGGCUGAUGUGAUGAGCUCCAUCCGUCAGCUCUUUGAUUGGCUUUCAGGCGCCUCACCUUCCUCUCCUUCACCUUCAUCCCGGUUCUGGGGGGCUUUCUGCAAGCUGAUUGGGGCCACUGCCAGCCUCUCUUCUGGGUUCCAUCCAGAGUCUAAUGGCCAGACAAAAUGGAUUAACCAGGAUCUGGAGACCACCCUGUGGUGUAUGGCGGCCAAUAACCUGACCUCCUGGGCUACCUCAAAUGUGGGCGGAAUAUGCCCACAACACCCUCCGAUCUUCAGCCACUGGAUUGUCUCCCUUUGA